AUGAUCGAAAGCGACAGCGACAUCAUGGCAUCCUCUUUGAGCUCAGUCGAUGUCGAAGAAGCCGGAAGAGUUGACGCUGUAGAUGUCCAUCCAACAAAGCCGUCUUCGUCUCUGGACGAACUGUUUCGCGAUCGCUACACCAUGGCAAAUGAAUCUUUCGCAAGAAUCAGUGAGGGAUUUGAUCCUGUGAUCUGCAUACACCCGUUCCAUUCCAGAGCAAGACGGAAUUUCGAAAACAAUGGAGGACCUCACAGAGGAGGUUGGGGCAAUGGGCAGCGUGGUGAUUGGCGAGGCGGAAGAGGUGGAGGUGAUUGGCGAGGAGGGAGAGGCGGUCAUUGGCGUGACGAUCGCAGAGGACGAGGAGAAUGGCGUGGCGAGCGCAGAGGACAACGACGACCGUGGAACGAUAGGUCCGAUCAGGAAGAAGGGGGACUUAGAAGACCACGCUACGAGUAA